CCUGGAGAGUCGCAAAUACAGUAGCAAAGCGCCUGUAGCCGAACUGAAAGGAAUUGAGACCACAGAGUCGUGGAUUGCUAGAGGGAAUUAGGAGGAGAGAAGCACAGGGAAGCCUGUUUUCCCACCUGCUUGAAGUGGCGAAGCGGCUCCUGGAAGGUGAGUCGGAGGAGAAGCCGGGAGCAAGUCGGGCUCGUUUUAUCCAGCAGUAGACAAAGAGAAUGCCAAGAAGAGCCUUCUAGACAGCAGAGAAUGAGAAGCAGUACUCAGAAGGAAAGCAAAUCCUUUCCUGCAGAAAGCCACAAAACUUCUUCUUCCCCAGCAAGUGAGCAACAAGUGAGGAAAAAAAAAAUAGGAAAAGAGUUUUGAGCUGGAAAAAAAUAUUUUAUCUGGAACUCAAGGAAACAUUAAAUGAAAAGGUAAAGGGGGAACAUUUUCAAAUCCACAAAAAAGGGAAAAUAUCUAGAAGUCUGUGGGGUGGAAUCAGUCAUUUCAGACAGUAAUGCAGGCCCCACCCUAUGAGGAAGAAAACAGCUUAAAUCAAAGUACCAUCCAAGAAGGGAUCACAAAUAUUUUUUACCUCCUCAAGAACCCAGGCAUAUCAGAGGUGGAAAACCUCCACAGAUGUGCAUAUUGUGGGAAAAGCGCCGAUUGCAAAUCAGAGCUGAUUAUGCAUCAGAGGACCCACACUGGUGAAAAACCAUACAAAUGCUCUGAAUGUAGCAAAGCCUUUCCCUACAAGUCCCAACUUCUUGAGCAUAAGAGAACCCAUACUGGAGAAAAGCCCUACCAGUGCCCACAGUGUGACAAAAAGUUUAGUAAGCAUGCCACCCUGGUGAUACACAAGAGGACACACACCGGAGAGAAACCAUUUGAGUGUCCAGAGUGCGGGAAAAGUUUCAGUCAGAAUUCCAACCUGGUGAUACACCAGAGGACUCACACUGGGGAGAAACCAUAUGUGUGUCAGGAUUGUGGGAAAAGUUUCCGUCAAAAUUCCAACCUGGUGAUACACCAGAGGACUCACACAGGAGAGAAACCAUAUGUGUGUCAAGAUUGUGGGAAAAGUUUUAUUCGAACUUCUGACCUGGUGAUACACCAGAAGACUCAUACAGGAGAGAAAUUGUAUGUGUGUUCACAUUGUGGGAAAAAAUUCAUUCGAAAUUCUGACCUAGUAACACACCAGAGGACUCACACUGGAGAGAAACCAUAUAAGUGUCCAGAUUGUGGGAAAAGCUUUAGUCAGCAUUCCCACCUAGUGAUACACCAGAGGACUCACACAGGAGAGAAACCAUAUGAGUGUCUGGAGUGUGGAAAAAGUUUCAGUCGGAAUACUGACCUGGUGAUACACCGGAGGAUUCACACUGGGGAGAAACCGUAUGAAUGUCCAGAUUGUGGGAAAAAUUUUACUCGAAAUUCUGACUUGGUGAUACACCAGAGGACUCACACAGGAGAGAAACCAUAUGAGUGUCUGUAUUGUGAGAAAAGUUUCAGUCAGAAUUCUUACCUGGUGAUACACCAGAGGAUACACACAGGAGAGAAACCGUAUGAAUGUCCAGAUUGUGAGAAAAGUUUCAGUCGGAAUUCCAACUUGAUUAUACACCGGAGAAGGACUCACACGGGCGGCAUACAGUAUGAGUGUCCAGAUUGUGGGAAAAGUUUGAGUCGGAAUUCCAAUCUGAUGAUACAUCAGAGGACUCACACUGGAGAGAAACCAUAUGAUUGUCCAGAGUGUGGGAAAAGCUUUAAUACUAGAUCAAAUCUGACCAGCCACAUGAAGUUGCACACAGGAGAAAAACCUUAUGAGUGUCCAGACUGUGGGAAAAGUUUUAGUUGGAAGUGUGACUUGCUGAUUCAUCAGAGGAUUCACACAGGGGAGAAACCGUAUGAAUGUCCAGAUUGCGGAAAAGGAUUCAGUACUAGGUCUAGCCUUAUAAAUCAUGUAGGUUUACAUACAGGGGAGAAACCAUUCAAAUGUCCAGAAUGUGAACGAUGCUUCUCACAAAAUUCUUCCCUUGUUGCACAUAAGAAAAUCCAUUUGGUGCAGAAAGUGAUGGGUGUAGAGAAGAACUAAAUGUCAUUUUUAAUUUCCAUUUUGAAAUGUUUCUGAGAAAUUAGUUAAUGUCUUACUUGAUGCUUUUUAGUUGUCAUGUAUUAGACAUGAUGGAAGAGAGAAAUAAUUGGAAAAUUUUAUUUUGAUUUUAUUAUACUUAUUUUAUUAUAAAUUAAUGCAUAUAUCUGGCUAUAUGAGGAUUUAUAGAAUGUCAGGGAACCACGCAGCUGGUGUCCAAAUGACGUCAUAGACACACAGACUUGUAAUUUUAUGUAAAUAAAUAUAUUUUACAUCUAAUUUACAGCAAACAAGAGACUCAGGCAAACAGGAACAUCAUGAGUUAAAUCACAGAGCACACAGAAGAAAAAAGAGGGAGGGAAAGGAAGUUCCUUCAUACCCACAGCAACCAAUCACAGCACAGAUUGCCUCAAACAGAAGCCAGCACUCUAACCAAUCAAUUAUAAUUGUGUGUUCUGGCUCAUUGUACAACCCCACUGUUCCAGCUACUAAGUUUAAAUAACAAGAUAUUUAACAGAAAUUGUGCAAUUGCUGCAAAAAUGGCUUUAGGGGUGUUUUUUGCUUUGUGAUCAGAAAUGAUCAUUGAACUGCAAAGUUUCAGCCGCCUUCAACCUGAGUGACCACAAAAUUUCAAGCUCCAUAAAUCCCCAGCUAACAGAAAAUAACGGAAUCAUAGGAGGUGGACAGAGGAGUUACAUUGGGGGAGUUAGCUGUGGGACGAGUGGCAUAUUCAUUUGAUAAAGAAAUGCAUUGUGCCUCAAGCAACUUGCAGAUGGGCAGUUUAACAGGACCAGCUUUUGAUUCAUCUCUGUUGCUUUUGAUUUAUUUAAAACAUUUACAUAGCCAUCUGUGUUAAGAAAACUUUGGCCAGCUCCCUGUCAAAAAUUAAGACAAAAACCAUACUAUUAAAAUCAUACGCAUAAAAACAAAAACCUGGUGCCAAAUCCA